AGCGGAGCAGCGGAGCAGCGGAGCCGCAGCACCUGUGGCGCUCACGGACUAUUUCUUCCAAAACUUUCAAACUUUUCAAACCUUUUAAAAACGUCUUUUGCUUCACAGCCUCACAUCCGGUGGAGAUGUUCAACAGCAACUUCAGGGACUUUGACGACGACCCGUUCUUCUCGGAUCCGUUCCGGGCUCACAGGGAACACAUGCGGCAGAUGAUGCGGAGCUUCUCUGAGCCGUUUGGCGGGCCCUUAAUGCCCAGUAUGAUGGAUGGGAGAAGUCGUGGUCACGACAUGGUGGAGCAUCCUGGCUCAUCCCUGGCACUGAGGGAUGAACAUAGGGAUAUGAGCCGGUCAUUGCUUCCCUUUGGCAGUACUGACAGCACGGACAUGAUGAGGAACCCUUUCAGCAUGUUCGACAACGUGAUGACCAACAUGAGGAACAGGAUGCAGGACACGCACCCAAACAUUGAGAACAUGUCCAAAGAUUCAAACACCCACUCGUUCAGCUCCUCAUCAGUCAUGACAUAUUCCAAGGUUGGAAAUGAGCCUCCCAAAGUGUUUAAAGCAACCUCGACAACACGCCGUGCCCCUGGAGGGAUCAAGGAGACCCGGCAAGCAGUUAAAGACUCUGAGAGCGGUCUGGAGAAGAUGUCAAUCGGUCACCACAUCCAAGACAGGGGACAUGUUGUUGAAAAGAAAUACAACAAGAAAACAGGAGAGAAGGAGCUCAACCAGGACUUUCAGAACAUGGAUGAAUCUGAAGCACAGUCUUUUGACGAUGAGUGGCAGCAGGAGUUGACCAAGUUCCAGCCGUCCGGCCCCAUGUCUCGUCUGGAGGAAGCUCGGCCCCGUGCCGUUCACCGGGCGGCCCUCACAGGUCCUGAGCAGGCCCACAGAGACCAGUCAAAGGGCAAAGCUGAGGGUAAGAGGAACAUGAAAGGCUCGGGCUCGACAAAGCAGUGAAACCAUCUGUUUCUGUGCUCAUUAAAGUCUUUCAGGCAUCAUACAGUACACACUGGUGCUCUGUGUACACACAUGCACACACACACACACACCCUGGGUUCAUCAACAAGGUAAACAGAAUCAGAAGGCACUGAUCUAAAAUUUGAAAUAUUUAACAGACUGUACAUUUUGUAUUGCUGCUGCUCAUUUUUCAAAUCCUACACUGCACAAUACUGAAUCAGUCAUCUUGCUGCUGAUUAACACCUGCUGUAGAUGGCUGCCCCAUUACACUGGACAUUUAUUCAUAUUUUUCAGGGAUCACAUUUCUCCUCUUUUACUGUUAAAGGAGACAUAUGAUGCUUUGUCAGUUUUGCCCGAGCGAUACCUCCCUGACGUGACAUCACAGUGUCCCACACUGGCAUAAUGCAUGGCUAGUGGCUUGUCUGGCACGCCCCCAACAAAGCCAGGUAAAGCGGGAGGCCGACAUUUCCUACAUGUGCUUGAAGCAGUUGACCAAUCAGAAUAGAGUGACCGAGCUGGCCAAUCAGAGCAGACUGGGCUUUGCCGGGCAUUUGCUGAAAACAGGAGCUGCAAUGGACAGUUUGAGGAAAGUGAUGUGGUUUCUGACUAUCUGAACAGCAUGUAAACCUUUUUACAAAAUAACCCAAAGAAAAAAGAUGAACCUGAAUAUGAGCAUAAUAUUUCUCCUUUGACGUUUCGAACCUUAGCAUCUUUCACACUUGAGUUUAAAUUGAUAAAAAUAGUAAGAGGAGUUUGGUGAGGUAGUGAAAAUGAUCUAAAAUCCUAUGAUAAGCUUUGGAGAAUGGUUGAUAGGAACAUGAAAUACAUGUGACAGAGUGUGUUGCCAACAAGUAAAAGGCUCAUAAGUAGUUCUGUGGUUGUAACGAUGUUGAAACACAUUUUAAUAAACUAAUAAGAUACAUAAAUGUGAGGCCAUAGGCACUGUUUAUACCAUUGGACAUGAAGCAAUGUAUAAUUAUCGUCGUGGAUCAGAUGAAUAUAACAUGCUCUAGGUGAGAAAAUCUUGUGAUGUCAUCUGUUUCUCACAUUCUGUCAUUUUCAUACUGAAACAAGACACAAAAUUAAUAAUAUAUCGAAUUUCUGAAAUCCACUAAUGCACUUAGACAAUGUCUCAAUUGUCUUUUUGUAAUUAUAUUGUCUAGUACCUGAUGUUCUCGAUAGAUGUAUUUUAUCUGCUGUAAUCUUUGUAAAAAGAAAAAUAAUACUCUUCCCUUUUUAUAUAUUGUUACUUUGGUUUCUCUACUUUUUCAUCUGAUGAACUGUGCAGCGUAGCAACGUCUGGAUUAUUUUCAAUAAUUCAAGCUUUGUUCUUGUAUAUUUGUUUUCAAGGUUUUCAAACCAAAGUCCUGUGCCAACACAGACUAUCGUCUGAAAUUAAAAAAAUGUGAAAACACUAAGAUUAA